AUGGCAUAUUCUGGUACCAAACGACGUCUGAGACCAGGCGUCUACGCACCACUACCGACUUUCUUCGAUGAGCAUCAAGAACUCGAUUAUGAUAGCUACAAAAAGCAUCUCCUUAAUCUAGCAUGCAAGGGCAUGGUCCCUGUAGGCGCUGGUUCACUUGGAGAGGCCGUGCACUUGAAGAGCUUUGAUGAACUGACGGCUUUGAUCAGAUUCAUUAGGUCCACAUUGGACGAAGCGAAACUCGAAGCAACACCAAUUGUAGCCGGUGUUGGAGGUUUAAGUACAAGAGAAACAAUUAAACUUGCACAAGCAGCGGCGGACGCCGGAGCAGAUGCGGGGAUGGUCAUCUUGCCUGCAUAUUACGCUGCAAGCCUAAACACUGAUCUAGAACAAGUUGUCCAAUAUUAUAUCGAUAUAUGUGAAGGAUCACCGAUACCACUCUUAUUGUACAACUUUCCAGCAAACGCUGGCGGCCAAGAUAUGCCUUCUGCGGUAAUUACUGAGGCCAUGAACCGAGCACCGAAUUUAUGUGGUGUCAAAUUAACAUGCGGCGGUAGCAUCGGGAAAUUGGUCCGUCUCACGUCUGAGAUUCAAGAUAAUCCUGUCAUAAACAGUAGUCGAUCAUUUCCAUUCUUAUUACUCGAUGGACUAAUUGCAGAUUUGACACCAUGGAUGCAAUGUGGUGGUCAUAGAACAGUUAGCGGCAUUCCAAACUUCGCACCAGUAGCCUCUAUGAGGUUAUGGGAUUUACUCAAUAAACCAUCUUUGACCAUGAAAGAGACAAAAGAAGCCACAAGGUUACAAGCAAUUUUAUCCAGGGUAGAUGUUGCUGCAGUUCCUGGUGGCAUUCGUGCAAUGAAAUAUGCUUUGAAUAAAAUUCACGGAUAUGGUGCCGCGCCGAGAAAACCACUACUUCCACUAAAGGAGUCAGAAGGCGAAGCAUUUAUGAUAUCCCUUGGAGAACUACUGAAACUUGAAGCGGAAUUUACAAAGAAAUAG